GAUAAGAAAGCUAUGGCGUGGUAUGGCGCCGGCGUUGGUGCUGUGAACUUAGAAAUCGCGUUUGUCGUUAGAUUGCUGUGUUGUCGCGUUUUCUGUGAACAAGAGAGAUCCUGGGAUGUAGCUACGUGAAGCGUGCGACCCGGACGUCUUCAGUGAAACAUGGAACGCGAGAAAGGGAAGGGCUCUCAGAAGAGGGGCCCUAACAAAGUGAAAGCGUCGCUUUUCCCGUCGGGCGAUUUCAUCGCCCUCGGUUCGAAGCAGCGGUCAGCCCCCGAUGUACCGGAACCGAAGCCACCGGUGAAGCAGUCGACGUUAAGCAGCACUAGUUCUAGUACGGAACGGAAGCGACCGGAAGCCGUCGGUGCCUCUUCGUCUUUGGUGCCUUCGAAGAAACCGAAGCUCGCCGCCACCGCAGCCCCGUCCUCUCUUGCCCGUUUGGGUCCCGGCGGCUCGCAGAUCAAGCGUGAAACACCGUCGAACAAAAGUGAACAGUGGGAUGUCAUUGCCGUGGAGGUCGAUCCGACAGAUUUCCUGAGCCGUGUUCUGAAAGCGGAGGACGUUGGUGACGAUGACAAGGUCGAAUCACUCAUGUGCGGCGCCGCUAAGACGCUCAAGAACAUGCGGCCUAAACCCGACCCCAUGCUUUACCUGACACUCAUGUUCCUGGCGAAAACGCGGCCACGGAUAUUCGACUCCGAGGGCUCCGUCGAGGCAUUCACGAGCCUCUUGAAGCGCGACGUCGCGGUGAACUUCAAGACUAAAGGCAACAACCUGAUCUCCGUGCUAGCUUGUAACCUCCUCCUGGCCGCGUUUCAGGAUAACGUCAGUUGGCCGGAGCAGUUUGUGAAAGUGUUUGUGGAGGACUCUUUGGGCGAUCGGGUAUGGGUCGAUCACGACGAAUGUAAAAACUACGUCGAGAACGUGCUCACGGCGUUUAACACGAGGCUGCCGCCAAAGAGCAUGCUUGCUCCAGACCUGCUCUUCAAGCCGGAUGCGUGUCCCAGCCCGCCUGCCCAGGCAGUCGAUGAUGACGACUCCCUGUCGAGCCUGCACCUUGAUCUCAAGGAAAGUCCCGAAAACGUUGCCGUUGUGCCUCGCUUUGCCGGCUCCAAAACAAACAUCGAGCAUUACAUACUUGAGGUAAUCCACGAACAGCUCAAUCGCCGCCAACCGAUGGACAUCUCGAAAAACUUGCUGCGGUUGUUAGUUUCCGCUUGCGGGAUAAGUGAAGUGCGUUCGCUGGUUGCCCAUCGUCUCGAGACUUGGCUUCAAAACCCUAAGCUGACUCGCCCAGCGCAGGACCUGCUGCUGACAGUGUGCAUGAACUGCAACCAACACAACAAGCACGACGUCGAAGUGAUCGGGUGCCUCAUUCGCAUUCGACUGAAGACGAAGCCCGUCGUGAAUCACUUCAUGCAGUGCGUGAAAGAACUCUUGGGUCAGCAUGUUGACAAUCUGAGUACUGUUUUGAAGCACUGCAUCUACAACGAGCUGUCCAACUCGAGAAACCCGAAUAACAUGCAGCUCCUCUCGGUGAUAUAGCACUCGCCAGAAAAAGCAGCCCGGGUCUUGGCUGAAGUUUUCCAAGACCUGCUAAUCAACAGAGAUGACUACCUGCGAUGCCUGCGCGCGUUGUUCAGAGAGAUCAUACGGUCCCUGCGGCACGAUCUCAACUUUUCGGCAUUCUGUCUCGGCCUCAUGCAGGAACGAAAGGAGACGCAAUUCCAAGAGCUGGAGCAACCACUCAGAGAACGCCUUUUUAUGUCGAUAACGGACCUGAUUGUCAAGGCCAUCUUUUUGGCAAUCACACCAGCUGUGCGUGAAGCAGCGACGGCGCUUUUCAGAGGAGAAAAGAAAGACAUCUCUCCUCUUCGUAAUUACCAAAUGCAGGUGGCCACGAUCCAGCGAGACACUGUUUGGUGGUUGCACACGGUCGUUCCCAAGAUGUUCAAGCCUGGUAGGAACGAAUUUUUGCACUGCUUACACAAGGCUUUUUUCCUUGAGCAACUUGAGCACUACUGCAAAGAUAACUGGCCUCCAGAAACUGACAGACAUUUGAUGUUGCGGCUGGCUUCGGAUGUCCCCGCACUGGAGGACACACUCAUUCGAAUACUAAUAAUAGGGAUGUCGAAGGAACACCCGCUCAACCCAUCUGAUGCAUUGGAGCUUGUCGACCAACUAAUCAGGAGAGCGGCGGCAAUCUACAAGGAAGACUCGCAUCCUGUGCUUGUAGUGGAGCGAACGGAACUCAUCGAGAUCAUCUUCCACCUGUGCGCCUACCACCAUCCCGAGAACAUAACACUUCCAGCGGGCUACACGCCACCAAACCUUGCAAUCGCAGACUACUACUGGAAGGCGUGGAUCAUGCUUCUUAUUGUGGUAGCCCACAAUCCUUCCACGUUCGGAGAAAUGGCUUUUGCGAGCCAUCCAACAUUGCAGAGUUUGGUGGAAAUGUGCAUCACGAACCACUUUGUUUUUCCUCCGCCGACUCUGGCGGUAGGUGAAAAAGCCGACGAAAUCAAAGCGCGAGAGAUGCAGAUCGCUCAGGUGGAGAAGCAGAAGAUACUGGAGUUUGAAACGCACUUGGCAGCUGCAUCGACGAAGGUCACCAUCACCGAGAGUAACAGUCUUCUCCUGUCCAAGUUGAUAACAAUGGAUCCUCAAGGAGUGACCAGAAGACCUCCGCCGCAGGUGUUGGACCAGCUGAAAGCUCUAAACGAAACUUUGAAGCUGGGGCACCUCCUGUGCAGAAGUAGGAAGCCUGAUUUUCUUUUGGGGAUUAUCCAGAGACAAGGAACCUCGCACAUGCCAUGGCUCGCGGAGCUCGUGGAGUCGAGUGAGGGAUCACUUGACCUUCUUCCUGUGCAGUGUCUUUGCGAGUUUCUCCUCGAUGAGGAACUGGAGGGUAGCAUAGGCGCAGCCAUCCCAGAGGACGAAAAACCAGAAAAGGGCAAGAUGAAAACUCCGCAGAGUAAGAAGCGAAAGCAGCAGCAGUUGUUACAGCACUUACAGAAGUUGCUGAGAAACCCAGAGGGAGACGUCAAUGCCACAUGUGAGGUACUCGAUUAUUUUAUGAGACGUCUCAGCACACAGAAUCAAAAUGCCCGCACCCUCGCGACUAAAGGUCUCAUGCUUGUCCUCUGUCAGAACACUCAGGAUUCUGAACCAAACAAUCACGACUGGCUGCUGAAGGAAAUACCUUCACUGCCUCACUUCAGUGUUGUGCGUCACGAUAUCAGCGCAACUCUGCGGCACGCAUGUCAAGUCGAGAAUGACCCUUUUGCAAUUACGGCAUACGUCAAAUUCCUUGCAACGUAUACGCCUGACGAUAGUCUCUCUGAGCUGUCUCUCGACAUAACUCAGCUAAUUAUUGACCGGCCAACCAUUGUAAACUGUAUCCUCUUGCAGGACACAGUUGGUUUGUACUACAAAGAACUGUUCCACUGCUCGCUGCUUGACAUAUUCACACGAUACCUGCAAAAUGCACGAAAACCUUCCAAAGAUGUUUACUGGUAUGAAUGUCAGGACCACAUCACACUGCAGUGGGACUCGGGAGAGACUGCAACUAUGUAUAUACUGGUCGUUCACUCGAUGAUCAUCUUGCUUACCUACGGACCUCCAGAGAGCGACCCGGAUACAUUCAAUGCUCUGUUGGAAACGUGGUUUCCAGAAGGGGGAGACCCACCCCAGGCAUUUUUGGUAGAUACGUCCGAGGAAGCCCUUCUCUUGCCAGAUUGGCUGAAGCUUCGUAUGAUCCGAUCAUCUGUGGAUGUUCUUGUUGAUGCUGCCUUGAAGGACUUGGAGCCAAACCAGCUUGUGCUUUUUAUUCAGUCCUUUGGAAUUCCAGUUCCAAGCAUGAGCAAGCUUCUUUGCUGCUUGGACAGAGCCGUGGAGUAUGACGAAGCAGCUGUUGUUCAGGCGGUUGUGGACAAGGCAUACAUGUCCCAACUUGUUGAAGUGCAGCACCAGAGGGGAGCGAUCGGUGGCGAAUGCUUUUAUCGCCUUCUUGGUGAGAGUGAUGUCACUGAUGCAUCGGCUGAAAUGGACGACAUUGAGCCGGUACCAACGUCAGUUAUCCAGCAUGCCCCACCGCGGCCGACAGAAGCUUCUCGCUUGGACUCUGUUCCAGUGGCUGUGGUUCAAUUGUUUGGCCUGGAUCCAAUGAAAGGAAAACUGGGAAGCAAGCAGGAGCAAGAACUUUUUAGAGGUCUGCAAAAAGCUUUUUCGCACGAUGUUCUUCGAAAGUGCCUUUUUGGAGGCGCUUUGGCAGAAUUCAUCCACACGUGCGAGCAUAUUCUUGAAAGUGACCAGAGAGAGGCAUUUGUGAAUGCCUUGUACCAGAAGUCAUUCAUAUCAUGUUCCCUCUUUAGAUUAGCGAUUGCAGCGCAACAAAGAGAAGCAUCCAACUCUCCACUCACAUUCAAGUUCCACUGGGUUUGCUCGAAAAUCUUGGAGAUGAGCAAAACGCAGUCGCCUCUCUCUGCCAUCCUGACUCAGUACUGUACGUCGCAUCUGUCUUCGAGGAACAAGGAUCAGGCACCAAGGAGGCUAGCAUCCGGUGACGCAAAAUCUGCCAACAUUGUGGAAGCUCUGACGUCAGUCGCGCGGAAUGAAUCCAAGCGUUUCGAAGAGGCACUCUGCGUGCUUGUCCAAAGAGCUAUCAAGAUGGGUGACAGUCAGCAGCUGAUUCAUGCGCUCUCAAAGAUUCUUUGCGAAAACACCUUCGAGUCUGAAAAAGUGACCACGAGCUUCGUCAUUGUGGACUGGCUGGAACACUUGGAACCAGAGUGCAUCUCGUCUUGUCCGGAGCUCCAACACCAGCUUCUUUUCCACAACAGUACCAAAAACGAGCUCCUCAGAACCACGUUUCGGCCAUACCUGCUGGCCUUGCUCAUUCACAGGGCACACUGGUCCACGCUGCACACAGCCAUAAACGAAAUUCUUUCACAAGCGUCAACAAAGAAAUACGACCCUUCGGCUGUCUUGGACUUCCUCCAAGCCUGUAUGUUUAUCCCGAAGAUAUGGCAAGGCCGUGACAAGAAGAUCCCCAAGCACUACAGUCCUGAGAAGGUCCUAAUAUUUAGCCCAGAUCAGGCUUGUGCCAUGGCAGACUACAUCAUCAACGAGCACAUUUCGGCAACUGCAGCUUCCGAAGAUCACUCUGCUCGACAGGAUGAAAACGGGACAAAGAUUUCCACGCGCCUACCACUGUUGGAGCAAGGGUGCGCUGAUAAGACUUUGAUAUCUGCUGUUGUCUCACACCUGCUGACCGCCGUCCAGAACGAACCUGCUCGCCGUGAAGCUGUGAAAGAAAUGCUGAUACAGCUGUACCUGUGCAUUCCCAGCAUUGUGUUUACAUCAGACGCAAUAGCAGAAAUGCUGAAGGAUAAAGGGCCGCAGACGUACGGUCAGACGAGGGUCGACACUCUAUCGCACACAUUACUGCUGGCGUUGUCUAUUGCUGACUACGACAAACAGUCAUACUACAAGCUAUCAGACCUUCAUAUAGCUAUUAGGAAGCUGGCAGCGACUCAUCCGGAGCUCAUGCUGCGCCAGCUCCCAAUGAUGGCAAGCCUUCUUCACAGUCGCUCGGGCAUGGGCACAUUGGUAUUUGGCACUCGAAAUCACGCAUCAUUUUUCGUGCACAUGUUGGGAACACUGGAGCUGCUUGCGCCGCGUCUGUUUCUUGACGUACGAGUGCCCACGGUGAAUGAUAUAUUUGACGUCUAUGUCGAUGCAUUCCAGUGUCACAUCCAAUACAUGCGCAAUAACGAAAGGGAGCGCAUAAUGAGCCUGCUGAACAGGUUCUUGCUUUUGGUUCAUCAGUAUGUCUACCACAAUCCCUCAGCAGCCAGGCAAUGGGUUCAGAAACACCACGGUGCAAUGCAGGAUGUUGCAGGCAUAUUUCCAGACCUGUUGAGCCUGAAGACCCUUCUUGCUGGCACUUGCAUCCUUAGAAUGCAUCCCGAGGGCAACGAGAAUGCUCCGGAAGGUAUCGGCUGUGAAGCAGGUCCGUCUUCAAGGGGGUUACUUCCGCGUCCGUAUUCACAUUCACCGGGAUUUGGCAAAAGUGGCGGUGGCCGCGACCUGAGGAGCCUGCUUGACAAAGACGGCGUUGACCCAGAAGAAAUACUGUCAGCUCUGAGAGACCUCGAGGCUGUUGCGUCCAGGAAGCCCGAAAUCCUCGAGGCCUAUCAAGAUGAGCUGCAGUGCGUUCUGCUGACAAGCACAAACAUAUCGUGUUGCAGCUUGGCAUUCAGGCUGCUGCUUCAAAGCAUCAAGAACAAUCCGAAAACUGCAGGGCAGUUUAUUUCAGGCUACCUGCAAUGUCUUGCCAGUGAUCGCAGGGACUUAGUGCUGCUGGUGCUUGACCACCUUCCCGAGUUUGUGGUCCUUGCACAGGAGCAUGGCAGCAUGCUUUUGCAGAAGGCAUUCCAAGUUGGAAUCAGCACGAACGUGAACAGCGCUGUGCCCAUAACUGACACGCUGCUUCUUCUGAAUAUGCAGUAUGGGAACUGAUAGUU